AUGGCGAGGCUGGGCCCGGCCGCGGAGUCGCGGCCGCUGCUGGUGAAAAUCGUGAUGGCCGGAGAGUCCUGCGUGGGGAAGACCUCCAUCGUGCGCAGGUACACGGAGCCCGGCUCGCCUCCCGCCGGCUCUCCCGCCACUUCGUACAUGGCCACGAUCGGCAUUGAUUUUAAAGUAAAGCCAGUAAUGUUUAAUGAUACAACAGUGAAACUUCAAAUAUGGGAUACUGCUGGCCAGGAACGGUUCCACACACUUAGUACCAGCUAUUUCCGUGGUGCACAAGGCUUUGUUCUCGUAUAUGACAUCACAAAUCUGAAGAGUUUUCAAAGUAUAACAAUCUGGAUAAAUGACAUAUAUGAGAAAGCAGGUGAUGAAGUGGACGUAAUACUGUUGGGCAACAAGUGUGAUAAGGAGUCAGAACGGGUAGUUCCAAAACAGAAAGGAGAAAAGCUUGCUUGGGAAUACGGAAUGCCAUUUUUUGAGACCAGUGCCAAAGAAAACGUGAACAUUGAGCAUGCAUUCUCAGUCUUGACUAAGGAAAUCCUGGAAAAGAAAUCCGGUGUAUUACAUGAGUUAGACGUUGUGUCUCUAAAUGAAACUAAGAAGAGAACCUGCUGUGCAUUCUAAAGUACUGUUUUUUAUUCCAUUUUCUCUUCAGGAAAUAUCAAGUGUUACAAAGGAACAUAAAAGAUUUUUAAAAUGAGCCUGUAAUCCAAAAAUACAGUGUUUAAGCAUUACACAGACAUUGUUGCCAAUUUUUUAUAUGUUUAUAUUAUAUUUUGAUAUUUUUAAUGUGAAGAUAAAACAAUUAUUUUGAUUUAGGAAUUAUUAGGUGCUUCACAGGGUGACAGUGCUUGAAUGUAAAUGUUUGCAGAAAUGAAGUCUAAGUGUACUAAUUUUCUGUUAUUA